AUGAAUACGAUUUCAGAUAUAUCUUUACGAACAGUUGCAAGAAUUACAAAUGAAGGGAAAUUAGCUGAAGAAUCGUCAAGUAAAAUAACUAUAAAGCGUAAUGACGAGACAGAAAAAUUACCAGUUGUUUACUUAGAUGAGACAUAUAUUCACUCCGGUCAUACAGCUGGUAAAUGUUGGCAGGAUGAUGAUGAAGAUGGAGUAUUAGAGCCUGUCUCCAAAGGACAAAGAUUUAUUAUUGUCCAUGCCGGAGAAGAAUACACAAGACCACAAUUGUUGGAAAUUGUCAAUAGAUAUAAGCCCGAACCAGUGUAUGCUGUUGAUGCUAUUUUAAAAGGACUGGGUCACAAGAUAUCGCGUUUACCACCGUAUCAUUGUGACCUCAGUCCUAUUGAAAUGAUCUGGGCAUCAAUGAAACGCAAAGUAGCUGAGGUAAAUAUUGGCAAACCAGCCAAUCAAAUGCCAGAAAUGGUACAGGAAGGUUUUAAUUCCAUUCCCGUCGAAGAAUGGUGCAAUCAUUGUGCCCACGUCAAGAAACUUGAAGAAGAAUACAGAAGUAAAGAUGGAUACUUGGAUGCACCUUUCAUCGUGGAAUUAUGCUCUGAGAGUGAAGAAAGCAGUGAUGACGAUUCUCAAGAUGAAAGUGAUGAAGAAUUUAAUAGCAUUGAACCUCUCGCCAUAGUUCAUGCAGAACAUAAUUAUAGUAAAAAAAAUUGA